GGCACCCGCGACCCCCCGCCCGGGGCGGAAGUGACGAGCCCCGGCUGCCAAAAUGUCGGCGCCCAGGGGGAGCUAGGCGACCGUGGGACCCGGCGGGGAUGGAGCGCUAUGGCACUGAUCUGCCCGGGGGACUGGGCACCGGCUGGGCAGAGGAGCCCGGGCAGCCCCCCGGCCGGGCACCUGGCACCAUCGAGCGCAUGGUGCCGUGCUCAGACCUGGAGGACGGCCCUGACGGGCUGGCACCGACCCCACUGACGGACAACGGGGCGGGCGCCCGGGUGCCCUUCCACUGCUCCGAGUGCGACAAGAGCUUCCGGUACCGCUCAGACCUGCGGCGCCACUUCGCCCGGCACACGGAACUCAAACCCUUCCAGUGCCCGCACUGCAGCAAGAGCUUCAAGCACUCCUUCAACCUGGUCAACCACAUCCGCAGCCACACCGGCGAACGCCCCUACCGCUGCACCGUCUGCCCCAAGGGCUUCCGCGACUCCACCGGCCUGCUCCACCACCAGGUGGUGCACACGGGCGAGAAACCCUACUGCUGCCACGUCUGCGAGCUCCGUUUCUCCUCCCGCAGCAGCCUGGGCCGGCACCUCAAGCGCCAGCACCGACCGCCCCCCGGAGGGGGCGCCCCCGAGCCUCCCAGCGCCACCCGCUGCCUGGAGCGCUUGUGCGGCCAGGGGCGGGCGGCCCCCUAUGGCUGCGGGGCCUGCGGGCGCCACUUCCGGCUGGCGCCCGAGCUGGGGAAGCACUGGCUGGCUCACACCGACAUCAAGCCUUUCAAGUGCCCCGACUGCGAGCGCGACUUUAACGCCCCCUCCCUGCUGGAGCGCCACAAACUCACCCACGCCAAGGACCGGCCACUGCUCCUGCCCUGCCAAGGCUGCGCGGGCAAUGGGGCCCCGGGGCAGCAGGAGCCACAGGGGCCGGGCUGCCCGGCCUGCAAGCCCCAGGACACCCGCCCCCUGGACAGCCUGUACCAGUGUGAGUGUGGCACCUUCUUUGCCAACGCCGGCGCCCUGGCCGCUCACCUGGCGGCGCACACGGGCGAGGCCUCCUUCGCCUGCGGCAUCUGUGGCAUGAGCUUCGGGGCCCUGCCGCCCCUGGAGGCCCACCAGCUGAGCCACGCCAUGCUGCUGCCCCCGGAGGGCGCCCCCCAGCCGGUGGUGACGGGGCCUGUGCCGCCGGCCGGUGGGGAGCUGGAGCGCCACCUGCUGCCGCGGCUGGAGCUGCGGGCUUUCCCCGCCCGGCCCGGCAAGAAGCUCUACAAGUGCACGGAGUGCGAGAAGUUCUUCCGCAGCCCGCGGGACCUGGACCGGCAUGUGCUGGUGCACACAGGCGAGAAACCCUACCAGUGCACCGAGUGCGGCAAGUUCUUCCGGCACGAGUGCUACCUGAAACGGCACCGGCUGCUCCAUAGCGGGGAGCGCCCCUUCCAGUGCAGCGUCUGCCACAAGGGUUUCAUCACCUUCAGCAACCUCUCCCGCCACCUCAAACUGCACCGUGGCAUCGACUAGCCGGGCUGGGCCCCUGGCAGCCCCGGCCGGCCUGCGCGUCCUGCCUCCCACCUCCGGCUCUCCCUGCUGGCGUAGCCACAGGCCGGCAUGUUCUGCUCGGGUGCCCUCUUGGUGUUGGGCCGCGCACACUGGUUUGUUAUUGCAGGGUCUCUGGCACAUGUCAGUUUGUUAUUGUAGGUCACUCAUGAGCGCUGGGCUGCACAGAUCUGUUUGUUAUCGUAGGGUAUCCUUGCACGUGCCGGUUUGUUUUUGUAGGAUCACUCGAGCACUGGGCUGCACAGAUCGGUUUGUUAUUGUAGGGUCUCUCUGCACCUGCCGGUUUGUUAUUGUAGGGUCUCAUUGCACAUGCUGGUUUGUUUUUGUAGGGUCUAAUUACAAAUGGCAAUCUAUUGCUGUAGGGUUACUCAUGAGCGCAAGCCAGUGUGUUAUUGCAGGAUCACUCAUUAGUGCUGGGUUGUACACAAUGGUUUGUUAUUCUAGGGUCUCAUUGUACACGCUGGUUUGUUAUUGUAGGGUCUCACUACAUAUGCUGGCUCGUCAUUGUACGGUCCCUCAUAAGCUUGGGACUGCACAGAGAAAUGUUAUUAGAGGGCGUUGGGACUGUGUGGGCCGGUCUGUUAUUGCAGGGUCUUUUGAAAGUGCUCAGGCAGCUGUCCCCCCUAGGCUAGUUACCAGGGGGUUGGUUUCAGCCCUGCCCUCGCCUCCAAGGGACAGAAAACCCAGCAGUUACUUAGAAUGAAUAUAUUCUAUCAGGGGAGCUAUCAGGGGAGGGAUAGCUCAGUGGUUUGAGCAUUGGCCUCCUAAACCCAGGGUUAUGAGUUCAGUC